AUGAGCAGCUCACAGGGCUCAGAGUUAGGCACACAAGAGAGAAACAACUCAGACAGCGGCCAUGUGCCUAAAGCAACAACUGCGCAGGCGACACAGGAGUACGAUGAGAGCGAGUACAUUACAGUCACGUCGAGUGGGAGGAAGAGAAAGAGACCGAUUCAGAGGGGAAAACCGCCGUACAGCUAUAUUGCGCUUAUUGCCAUGGCUAUUGCUCACAACGACGAUCGAAAAUUAACCCUCGGCGGAAUUUACAAAUUCAUCAUGGAACGGUUUCCUUUCUACCGUGAUAAAAAGGACAAAAAGUGGCAAAACUCCAUUCGCCACAAUUUAACGUUGAACGAUUGCUUUAUUAAGCUACCGCGAGAGCCGGGAAAGCCUGGGAAAGGAAAUUACUGGAGCAUUGACCCGGCCGCCGAGGACAUGUUCGACAAUGGCAGCUUUCUCAGGAGGCGAAAGCGAUUCAAACGUUCUGACGAGGAGAAACGGGUACUUUCCGCUUAUUUCGGCGGCGAUCCGGCCGCAAUCGACGCUGCUGAUGGCCUCUUCCGUCAACAGCAGCAGAACCACUAUCCGGGGCUUUACCAAACAAACCACGGCUACUACGGCGGGCAGCCCUUCUACACACCUCAUCCGGAUCUCCAAAUGACAACUUUCGAGGCGGAACACGCGGAAUUCGAAUGGCAACAACAAAAUGCGGCAAUCGCUGGACAUGGCGCAGCGCUGGAUCCCUCCGUUCCUCAAGUUCUUCCUCCGCAAGUACAUCCUCCGCAGUCGCAGCCUCCUCCAGCUGCAGCCAUCGGAGGUCAUCUUCUUUUUGACCCGAUGAUGGCUGAAGGUCCUUUUGUCCAGCUUCAGCACAAUCACAAUUCAAUAGCAAUCAACAACAAUCAGCCAAAUAGCUCGUUGAUUGACAAUCCUCACAUCUCAGGCACAAUCGUAAAAACAGAAUUCCCAGCAUCAAACGGAAGCACCUCGAGCAUCGAUGAUUUCAACCGAUUCCAACAAGUUCCGCUAUUCGGCCACCAGUGA